UCAAUAAUGUGUGUACGAUACUCAAUUAUGCCAAAUACAAUGCAAUCAUCAAUGAUACAAGUAAUGCCUUAGGGAAAAAGAGAAAUGGAUGACUUUCCUAAAUCAUGAUUGUGUUGAGUGAUAUACAAGAAACAUGAAAACUAGUGCGGCAUGUACAUCCAAGCAGCCAUAAAGCUGGCACGAGGAUAAUCAGUUCAGACAUAAAAAUGAGAAAAUAGAACAUUUGAAGUACUACGUAUUAGUAGAAAAAUUAGGAUAUGCAAGUCAAAUAGUAUAACAAUGAUCUCAUAAUAACAGCAUUAGAAAAUAAACACUGAACAAUAUCACAAGUAAAAUGAAAUAUUUUCAUAUUAUAUUAUAAUAUAUAAGUAGUAUAGUUUACGUUCAUUGAUACAUAUAUAUUACAUAAUUAUUAUACAUACUACAUUAGCGUCUAAUGUAUGUUAUAAUGGUUAGAAUAACUAUCCAUAAGAUAAGAAAGUAUAUACUAAAUAAAUCAAUCUGUUACGCCAAAGAAUCUUCUUGUAAUAGACAUAAAGACUAAUAUGUAAUAAAGUACUAUUAUUAUUAUUAUUAUUUAUAUAAAUUUCUUUUUUAAUUUAAAAGAACAAAAUUUCUAAUUAAAUUCAUAGUCCGAGAUAUUUUUUAAAUCUUUAAAAUAGUAGUUUUGAAUGCGUUUGUUUUUUCUUAAAUUUUCUAUAUUCAUUUUCAAAAUUUUAGUCUAACCAUAUUGAUGUUAAUGUAACGAACUAUGUUUUAUAUCAAUUAGAAAACAUAACACAUAAUGAUUAAAUUUAAUCGAUAGCUUUAUAUAAAGAAAACGAAGAUAGAAACAGAUAUUUUAGUAUGCAAACUGCAACAGUAGAGAAAAGGCGAACUAGAUAUCAGAAAAAAGCUAACCAUGAAGAAAAGCAGAAAUAUAAGAAUAAAAUUAUUAGUGAAACUGAUAAAAAGAUCAAACUCGAUAAGAGAGAAGUGGAAGCCCCGAGAAAAACUAAAAAGGUAUUUGAAGAUGUAAAAAUGGCAUUUAUCUCUGCUAUAGAUCCUUAUGACACUCCUUUGCAAUGGUGGGAAACAGAACACGUAAGAUAUGCAAUAAAUUAUCCACCGGUAAAAUCCCGAUUAGAAAAAGUGAUGGGAACUCAUAUCGUACGACUAACUGAUCGCAAAUACAUGUUGCAACUUAUGUCCAAGCUCUUGCAGGAUCAUAUGGAGCAACAAGAAACGCGUAUCGAGAAGAGAAAGCUGCCAUUACCAUCGAAUAUAUCUCGCUUAUUGAAACUAUCUUAUAAAACGCUUUCCGAAAAGAUGCACGAUCCUAAACAUCUUAAAUUAAAACUUUAUGUGUGAAAAAAAUUCUAAUUAUCAUGUAUUUAAAAUUAAAUUAAAAUUGUAAAAUUAUAUAUAAUAUACAAGAUAAUAAAAUAUUCAAAGUACCAAA